AUGUGGAUUCUACCGUUAUUAGGGUACCUGGGGGUGAUAAUAGGAUUCUGCUUCCUGACGUUAGCUAUAGCCUCCGGUCUAUACUAUCUAUCCGAACUCGUCGAAGAACAUACCGUCCUAGCUCGGCGUCUUCUAACACGACUGAUAUACACUAUAAUAACCGUCCAUGCUCUUCUCUGGCUCAUAGAUGGAUUCCCAUUCUAUCUCACUAUCCUCAGCAUCUUUUCCCAUAUAGUUUAUGCCGGCAACCUUCGACGGUUCCCAAUCGUCAAGCUUUCUGAUCCCAUUUUCUUAUCCUCAUGCGUGCUUGUUGGUUUGAAUCAUUGGCUGUGGUUCCGAUACUUCUCAAGCCCGGAAUAUAAUUCUAGCGGAGGCAGUGCUCCUACAUCAUGGAAUCGUGGGGGAUGGAAGAGUUCCGGCGGAGGGUAUUACUACGGCGCGGCCGUGGACACGCCUUCAUUUGGUGAAAUAGCCUCAUACUUCGGACUGUGCGUAUGGUUGAUUCCAUUUGCGCUGUUUGUUAGCUUGAGUGCUGGAGAAAAUGUGUUGCCCAGCAUGGGUUCGGAGUAUGCGACUGGAUCAGUGUCGUCAGGUGUUAGCGUUUCCGGUGACAGCAGCUCCAGUUCAUCUAAGAUCAAAACCAAAGGAAUGGCAAAGGCGUUAGUGGAUGGUGUUAGGGAAUGGGUUAGUGAGAGUGGAGAAGUGAUGGGAUUCUGGGGUGGGCAAAGGACAAGAAGGUUUUGA